AUGGAUGAGAAUGCUACACCACCUACUCAAUCUCUCCAGCCAAACUUCCAGCUGCAAGACUACGACUCUUUCCCUGCUCUGCAACCCACUAAUUCCAACCCGUAUGACCAAUCUUAUGACCCUUCUCUUCUUAACUCCUUCCAAUCACAGCCACCUACUGUGUCCACCCUGAAUCCCUUUGCCAUGUUUGUCCCCUCAAGCAAUGCAAGCGUUCAGUCUUCGUCGCGGCCCAACAGUCGUCAUCAGUCUCGUACCGCCACUCCAUCAACAUUGGCCGUCAACGAUGAUGAGGCUUUCCCCACCCUGGGUUCUGCUGCGGCUUCACGAUCCUCUCGUCGCCAUGGAAAGAGAGGCCACGGCAACGCCGCUAACAAGGAAAGCCCGGUGCCUACACCCUCGUCACUAGCUGAUGUUGUUCGCAUGACGCCUUCACCUUCUCCUCAAAUCCAGUCUCGAAGAGGACUGAGACCUACCAAGUCGAACACUGGGUCUCGUGAGAACAGUACAGCUGCCAUGGCGAUAGCCGCGCCUGAACACAUCCCCUGGUUGGAGACUGGAGACUCUGCCAACAAAGCAUACCUCAAGGCUAGAGCUGAAGCCUUCAGACACGGCGGAUUGAGGAACAAAUUUCUACAAGCGGCAGCAACUAGCUGGAACAGGAAUGAUGCUCGUGGCGCAAAAGCUCUCAGUCUCAGAGGUCAUAACGAAAAUCUGGCGAUGAAAGAGGCCCACCGUGAGGCCGCUCGAUGUUUGUACGAGGAACGCAACAAGGGCAAUGGAGCCGGAGAGCUCUUCGUCGACUUGCAUGGUGAGUUUGCGAGUGUUUCAAUAUCGUUGAUCUUANUGUUAAUCGCAUUGGCAGGUCUACAUCCCGAAGAGGCAGUUCAGUACUUGACAUCGUGCCUGCUCGAUCACAGCUCGUCCAGCAAACCUGUCUACGCCAUCUGCGGCACUGGACACCACUCGAAGAACGGCAAAGACAAGGUCGGUAAGGCCGUCCGCCAGUUUNUGAAUGAGUGGCGUUAUGCGUUCCGCGAGUUCAGCGUACCCGGCGACCGCAAUAACGUUGGCGGUAUCCUCGGUAUCGACCCCAGCAGCUACGACAAGGAGUGUGCAAAGAAGAUGCAAGAAGGAGGGCCCAUAUCCGAGGCCGACAGUGGAGUCGGAUUCCUAAGUAGCAGUGCCGAAGACACCAAAGUCCGUAUCCUAAGAAGGGAGGAAUAA